UCUCGGCAUCAAGGAAACUCGUGCAGAGGUUAACCUGUGGCACCGAGACAUCCUGAGAUUUAAGAUAUGUAAAACUAAAUGUGGCAACAGGAGAUUUGGAUGCAUUCAUACAAUAUGCAAACAAAAGCUGGGGCAGAGAGAAGUAAAUAUAAAAAAUAUACCAAAUCUAAACUUUGUUUUAGUCCACCUAUACAUUUGUCUUACUUUUUCUAACAAUGGGUAAAGUGAAUCUUUAUAUAGUUGUUGUGCUCAGUGUGGUAUUGCACAGCAUGACGAAGUGAAGCCUUUAGAAAAACUAGUAAUUAUAAGAAUAGAUAAUUUGUGAUUAAGGUGUGUUCCGUAAUGCACUCCAUGAAACAACCACAUAUGAACAAUGCUCUGUAAACAUAUUUAAAGAAAAUGUUAAAUUAGAAAUAGUUUUUAUAGUCUUUUUACUCUCAAUUCCAGUUGCUGACAUGUACUAGUUGGUUUGCCAACCAUCAUAAAACCGAGAAGAAUAUUGUAAGUUUCAGUAAAUAUGAAAUAUCAAUGCAGGCUAUUAUAGGGCUAAAAAUACGACUAAGUGACAAACUGUAAUGUGGUGUAAGUGACCACCCUCAAUAAACCUGUGUUGUAAUAAAAUGUUUUUUUUCCCUGUUGUUUAAACCGGCCUUAUAUGAAAACAAUUCAUUAUGACUACAUUUAGGAGUCAGCUAUCACCGGAAGAUGGCAGUGUAAUGCAACACAAUGGAUGCAAGCUGCUGUUUAAACUAACGAAGAAGACCGAACUCUAAAUAUUUUGGUGUUUUGGCUUCUCGCGUCGUUAUAUGGAGUCCCGUAAUAAGUUUGUGGCGGCCGCAGGACGGGCGAUAAUGGACCUCAUGCAGUCUGAAUGGGAGCCACUGUCUUACUGGGAGCUUGAUCAACGUCUGGACCGGGCAGUUGAGGAAAUGUUGGAGGCUGACAUUAUGGCACAGGGACAGUCCUCUUCCGUUUUUAUUCAAGUGUCUCCAAAAGAGGGUUCAGUACCCAUUCAGCUGACACCAAAGUCAGGGCCACCUGUGUACGAAUCUGUCUCUGGGCACCGCGCACAGCUUCCUGACCCCACCGAUGGACAUCCUGCAGUUAAAUAUGUGACCAAUCUUCUGCAAAGCUCCAGCACAAACCAAAACAAGAACCGAUUGUCUGGAAGAGCUCGGUUGUCCUUGUCUCACACUGUCCUCCUGUCACUCACCCUCCUUUCCAAACGCAUCAGCUAUCGCAAUGUGUCCUCCAGUUUCCAUCUGGAGAAAGGAAACAUACAUAGGAUUUUCUUUUCGUUCUGUGAACGAGUGACAGCACUACAAGAUCAGCUCAUUCAAUGGCCUACAGGACAGGGGGCAGUUCAUCUGGUUCCUUUCUCCAGCUGGCUGGCUCGCAACGAAGGCCUGGAAGAGAGAGGUCUCCCUCAAGUGCUUGGGGUACUGGGAGACACACGCAUACCCAUCCGCAUACUCACCGCCAAGCAGGAUUGCGAAAGCGACGCUCCUGAUGCAAAGAGACUUAAGACUGAUCCCCAUCCUGAUUCAUGGCUGAACUUGGAACUGGUCUGCAACAGCGAGGCGAGGUUCAUUUACUACCACAUCAGCAAAGGCUCAGAAAAAAACAGAGGAAGUGCAUUAGUUGAACGGCUCCAGCAAAACCCUGAGAUGGUGCCUCCAGGGACCUGCCUGAUAGCCGGAGUUGGAUACCCACUGACAGCGCAAAUACUUACUCCAUUUGCUACAGGUCAAAGCCCUCAAGAAAACCUUUAUAAUAGAGUGGUGGCGACCCAUCUGGGCCGAUUCGAGCAGGUGGUGGCCGACCUAAAACAGCGAUUCCUGAAACUUACAUAUUUGGAUAUGGGAAACUUUGAAAGGGCAAAAGCUGUUGUUCUGACUGCUUGUAUAUUAAACAAUGUUUUUUUGGAUAUGGGGGAUGUGACAAAGGGACUGGUAGAGAAAACCACAAAAGAAGAUGUGGAAGAGGUAAAAGACGAUGCUGAUGGGGUGAAAAUGAGGGACACUGUCGUGAAUCUGCUUUACAGCGGGUUGGAAACAGGGACUUCUUAAGCAGAACAAAACCAUUUUAUGACCAAUGUUAAUAUUUUCUAAAAUACCAAAUAUUUUGUGGUAUGAGAAAAAUAAACACAUUUUGUA